AUGGAUUCCGCCGUGGCCCUCACGCCGCCGACAUCGUUUCGGUUGGCUGUGAUGGCUCAGAAUGCGUACGAAAUGCCGCUCAAGGUCUUUCAGGACACGGCGCCAUCGCAUCCCUCCCUGUCGCAUCUCUGCUUGCUCGUCUUCGAAGCCGUCCUGGAGGUGGUCUGCGUGAGCUUGCCGGGAUACAUCGUCGCGCGCCUCGGUCAUUUCGAUGCCGAUAAACAAAAAUUCCUGGCCAAUUUGAAUGUCAUGCUCUUUACGCCUUGCCUUAUCUUCACCAAAUUAGCUUCCCAACUCAACGCUGAAAAGCUGUCCGAUCUCGCCAUCAUUCCCGCCAUCUUCAUCGUACAAACGCUCGUAUCAUGGAUAGUCUCGAUUCUCGUUGCCAAAGGAUUCCGAUUCAACAAGCGAGCCUCCAACUUUGUCACAGCCAUGGGCGUCUUCGGCAACUCUAAUUCGCUGCCAAUCUCCCUUGUGCUCUCCCUGUCGCAGACGAUCAAAGGGCUCCACUGGGACAGGAUACCCGGCGACAAUGAUGACGAAGUCGGCGCGCGCGGCAUCUUGUAUCUCCUAAUCUUCCAGCAGCUUGGUCAACUUGUCAGAUGGAGCUGGGGAUAUCACGUUCUGCUAGCUACCAAAGACAAGUACCCAGAAUAUCAGGACGAAUUAGUGGAGGAGGGCCAGUACAGAUACAGUGACGAAGAACCAAGCGAACAGGAGCCCGAGAUUCUCAUUGGUGGCCUGGAUGGUGACACUGAAGAUGACCGCGAGAGCAAUGAUUCUGAAGAUUACAUACCUGCUGGACGCACGCCUCUUGCAAACACCUCUCGGGCUUCUCUGGCCGGCUCCACAGUCGACGAUGCCGACUUGCUGAAUUUCAAAAAGGGCAACUAUGCUGCGAAUGGACAUGGACUUGCUAAUAAUGGCCUGGAAGAUGACAUUCUUUCAUUUCCCCGGAUCCGUCUUCAGGAUGAAACUGAAGUCGAGCAAGGAGCUGUUGGCCACAUCAAGAGACGAUUGACUUCUCUCAGUGAUCGUUCAGUUGGUGCCAUGGCUCGCCAGUAUCAGCGGCUCCCUCAGCCUGUACAGACCGUCCUCUCCUUCAUCUCUACGUCAGUCGCCAAGUCGGUCAACUUCGCUUGGGAGUUCAUGAAUCCCCCUCUGUGGGCUAUGCUCAUUGCUGUCAUCGUUGCGUCUGUCCCGCGACUUCAGCAAUUGUUUUUCGAGGAGGGUUCAUUUGUCAAGAACAGUGUCACCAACGCGGUUCAGUCUAGUGGAGGCGUCGCCGUGCCUUUGAUCUUGGUUGUUCUCGGCGCCAACCUGGCUCGCAACACUGCGGCUCACGAGACCCCCGUCGACCCCGAGGAGGAAAAGAUUGGAACCAAGCUCCUGAUCGCCUCGCUAUUGAGCAGAAUGGUUUUGCCAACACUCAUUAUGGCGCCCAUCUUGGCCCUCACCGCAAAGUACUUGCCUAUCAGCAUUCUUGAUGACCCCAUCUUCAUCAUCGUGUGCUUCCUGCUCACUGGUGCGCCUAGCGCGCUUCAGCUUGCGCAAAUUUGCCAAAUCAACAAUGUGUAUGAGCAGACUAUGGGUAGAAUCCUGUUUCAGAGCUAUGUCAUUUGGAUUCUUCCUUCUACUCUUUUCCUGGUCAUGAUUGCUCUCGAGGUGAUCGAGUGGGCCAAGGUGUAUUAA